AUGUACAUGUCAGAAUGCGUCGUGGCUGCCUUUAGAGGUACGGCAGUCGCAUGUUAUCAGUUGGCCAUAACAUUUGGUAUUUUGAUGGCAUAUUGCUUCUGCAUCGGCACGCGCACUCUGGAUAGCAGUGCGUCGUGGAGAAUCAUUGUCGCUCUUGGUAAUGUCUUCGCUCUGAUUCUCGGAAUCGGGAUUUGGUUCUUGCCGGAGUCGCCGCGCUGGCUCAUGAUGAAUAAUAAGCAUGAAGAAGCCAGACGUGCUCUCGAGAAGAUCAGAGGUGUACGUACGGAUGCUGACAGGAGCGUCGUCGAGCAUGAUUUCGAAGAGAUUUCCAGAAACAUUGAAAUCGAAAAAAACUCAGCUUCUUCGUUUUGGAAGUCGUGGGCAGAGUGCUUUGUUGGCCACAAAGGCACCCCAAAGCUAGUGUAUCGAACGAUGCUUGGAAUCAUCAUACAAUCUUUGCAGCAGCUGACUGGUGUGAACUAUUUCUUCUACUACGGAGCCACCAUCUUCCAGUCGGUUGGUAUUGAAGACUCGUUCAUCACCCAAAUCAUUCUGGGCGCCGUAAACUUCGUUUGUACAUUCGGUGGUCUCUACGUUAUGGAGAACUUCGGACGUCGUCAGCCACUCAUUUGGGGUGGUUUGUGGCAGGGUGCAUUCCUCAUCAUCUUCGCUUCUCUCGGUGUUGCCAAGCCUCCUGAAGACAACCCUAAGAUUGGAAAGGGGAUGAUAGUGGCAGCCUGUCUUUUCAUUGCAUCUUUUGCCUGUACUUACGGCCCAGGCGCUUGGAUCAUUGUCGGAGAGACAUUCCCAAUGCGCACUAGAGCAAGACAGGCAUCAAUUGCGACAGCCUCGAACUGGACGUGGAACUUCCUUAUUUCCUUCUUCUCACCAUUCAUUACUAGCGCCAUAGGAUAUGGCUAUGGAUACGUCUUCGCGGGUUGCAACCUCUUUGCAGCUGGAUUUGUUUUCUUUUUCUGCUAUGAGUCAGCUGGCUUGUCUUUAGAGAACGUCGAUGAAAUGUACUCAGUUAAGGGACUGAGGGCAUGGCAAUCGGAGAAGUGGGUGCCGCCUAACAAGGAACGCAGAGGAGAUGUUGCGGAUUCGGCACCUAAGAAGGGUGAUGACAAAUAUCAGGAAGGAAUGGGCUUAUCUCCUCAACCCUCGACACAUGAAGUUCCUAGGGCAUAA